AUGCUCAAGGAUGCGCCGGCUGCAGCACGCUGCGCUGCGCAUCGCGAGAUGCAUCCUGAAUGUCCUGCGCAGCCACUGCCGCACGAUGCCAUAGCGGCCCCGUCAGGUAGCAGCGGAGAACUACAGAAACGUGACGGUGAAGCUGUGCACGAGAUCGAAUUCUUCGCGAAUCUGCACCAUUGUCUUCGCCCUAUACCACUAAACCGGCUCAUUGGCAGUAAGAAGCCGACCUUGAAGCGGUUGGCUCCUCACCCCCGCCUGUCGUGCGAAGUGUCGUCCGUCUACGACAAAUUGUGGCGGAGACAUCCGUGGGUGAAGUCUGCCGUUUCAGAAACGUUCAGCAGCCGUAUCUGCACCGGUCGUGAUAUUGCGCAGAGGCCUCUUCGCGCUUUGACUGCCACGCCUGUCGCCUGCGGCCUGCACAUCGCUCAGUCGUGCCAGGGCGCCUUCCACGCUAGCGCAGCCCAGUCCGUACUAGCCUACUGUGAUCUCUCCGCGCGCGACGAGGAAAGAAGUACUUUCACAACACCACGCCUCACAUUCAUCGCAACACACUGCUCUGUUCUUUCCCGUUCUCAAUACUAUUCACCGGUACGUUCACUUCCCUUGUCCAGCCCGUUUGUAGCCCGUGCAGCCUGCGCGGCGCUCCUACAAGCCCUUCACCGCUCGCUCCCCUAUUCGAGUCUGGCGGACGUGGCCCAGCGUGCCUGUUGGGCGCGACUUCCUUCACUAUUUUCGCUCCUGCCACGACCGUCGCCGCUCCCUUUCAACAUCCGGACUGACAUCGCCAUCUAG